AUGGAUCCUCUCGACAGAGCUCAAGUACUUCUCCUUUGUAAGCUGUGUGAAAGAGCCGCAUUACAGGUUUUUUGUGAGCUUUGUGAAAUUAGCCUGUGUAAGGCCUGUGUUAGAGAUCACCUUUCCGAUUCAUCACAAAGACAUAUAAUUAUACCAUACAAAGAUAGAUCUCUUGAUCCUAACUACCCAAAAUGUCCAAAUCAUUCUCAGAGUCAUUGUAACUUUUACUGUUAUGAAUGUGACAUUCCUGCUUGUUAUACCUGCAUCUCUUCUGGCAAACAUCAUCAGCAUAAAAUAUCAGAUAUUGCAUUGGAAAUCAGUUCCAAAACAGAAGAUUUAAAAGGAGAUUUGAAAGAACUAGAAAAAAACAUAUAUUUUAUUUAUGAAGAAAUUGCAUCUGACAUCAAGGCUAAAAAGGCAAACUUGGAAAAACAUUGCGAGAAACUAACAACAGCUGUCACUAAACAAGGAGAAGUCUUGCACAGGGAAAUUGACAACAUUGUCAACAAACAGAAAUCUGAAAUUGCUGAUACGAAAACUACACUCCUGAUUGCUUUCAAUCAAGCGGAAAAUGAAAUAAAACAGAAAUUAUCUGAACUUGAUCAGAGUAUUCUAGACCUAAGGAAAAUACUAGAAUCCUGCGAUGUUUCCUUAACCUCUUCUUACAAAUCCAAGAAUGAAGAAUUCAGAAUUUUACCUCCUAAAAUUAAUGUUUCGUUUCCAUGUUUUUCCUCUCCAAAUAUCAACGAAGAAAAGCUCCAUCAAAUAUUUGGUUCUCUGUCAACAUUUUCCAUUUCAAGAGAAAAACAUGGCUACCUCUACCUUAAGAAGAUACGAGAAUCUGCAUCCUGCCCUCCCGUCAAGAAACUGCUUGAUGUCCCAGAACUCAUAACCACCAUAGAGACUGGGUAUAUACAAAUCAGCGUUGCUUGUCUAAGUGAUGAAGAGAUCUGGACACGAGGGAAUGUAAAUAUCAUGAAACUCUUCAACCUGCAGGGCAAACUACUGAAGUCAAUCCAAACCAAGUCUAGCAACAAACCACGUGAUAUAGCAGUGACAAGGAGUGGAGAGCUAGUUUAUACUGACACUUAUGCAAGAACUGUAAACAUAGUGAAAAAUGAACAGAUACAGGAAUUGAUCAGACUACAGAGGUGGAAGCCUUUCAAUGUCUGUUUUAGCUCAACUGGUGACAUUCUUGUCACCAUGGACAAUGAUAAAAAAGAACAAUCAAGAGUUGUUCGUUAUUCUGGCUCUACAGAGAAAAAAAUCAUUCAGUUUGAUAGUGAAGGAAUUCCUUUGUAUUCAUAUGAUUGCCUCAAAUACAUGAGUGAGAACAGGAACUUGGAUAUCUGUGUUGCUGAUAAUGGAGCUAAAGCAGUAGUAGUGGUAACUCAGGCAGGAAAACUCCGAUUUAGAUACACUGGUAACCCUUCUACUACUACAGAAUUAUUUGAGCCUCUGGGUAUCACAACAGACAGUCAGGGUCAGAUCUUGACAUCAGACGGCUAUAACUUUUGUAUCCACAUCCUAGAUCAGUACGGACAGUUUCUCCGUUACAUUGAAAACUGUCACCUUAACCAUCCAUUAGGUUUAUGUGUAGACACUAGGGACAACCUUUUCGUGGUUGAAUUGUUAAGUGGUAAAGUGAAAAAAAUCAAAUAUUUACAAACCAUUUCUGUUCAAGAGACAGCAGAAAUUAAAUCACGCGACCUUGUAGUAGACCGAGAUCUAGAACCAAGACCAGGAAGUAGAUUGUCAGUUUACAAACUGCUGUCAGGGAGCCAUGUUGGAUUUGUUUUACAGUGUGACAUGGACCCCUUGGAAAGAGCUCAAGUACUCCUCCUUUGUGACCUGUGUCAAACAGCUGCAUUACAGAGUCAUUGUGAACUUUGUCAUGUAAGCCUCUGUAUUGACUGUGUAGGGGAGCAUCUCUCUGAUUCAUCUAAAAGACAUAAUGUUGUACCAUACAAACACAGAACUUCUACUCCUAACUACCCAAAAUGUCAAAACCACACCCAGAAACAUUGUGAACUUUACUGUGAGAAAUGUGACAUUCCUGUCUGUUCUACCUGCAUCUCCACUGAUAAACAUCAAGGGCAUAAAUUUACAGAUAUCUUACAGAAACCCAGCUUCAUUAAAGAAAUUUUAAACAAGGAUUUGAAAGAACUAGAAAAAAGGAUAUACCCUACUUAUGUAGAAAUUGCAUCUGAUUUAAACUCUGAAAAAGUAAACUUGGAUAAACAUUACGAGAAUCUGACAACAUCUAUCACCGAACAAGGAGAAGACUGGCACAGAGAAAUUAACAUCAUUGUCAACAAACAAAAAUCUGAAAUUGAUGAGAUGAAAAAUAAACACCUGGCUGCUCUGAAUAAAAAGGGAAAAGAAAUUGAACAGAUUUUAUCUGAUGUAAAACAAAGUUUGUUUGAUCUGAAGAGAGUACUAAACUCCAAUGAUGCCACUCUAAUCUCUGGCUACAAAUCCAGGAAUGCUGAGUUCAGAACUUUACCUCCUAAAUUCACUGUUUCAUUACCAAGUUUCUCUCCUCAUCAGAUCAACACAGAACAGCUCCAUCAAAUGUUUGGUUCUCUUUUACCGUUAUUAAUUUCAACAGAAGACUAUGGCUACACAAUAACGACACCAGAAGCUGUAUCCUGUUCUCCAGUCAAACCACUGCUUGAUGAGCCAGAGCUCAUCACCAGCAUAAACACUGGGUAUGGUGAUCUACGCAGUGCUACCUGUCUCAGUGAUGAAGAAAUCUGGACUCGUGGGUAUGACAAAAUCAUGAAACUGUACAACCUACAGGGCAAACUACUGAAGUCAAUCCAAACCAAGUCAGGGAACAUACCAUAUGAUAUAGCAGUGCUUAGGAGUGGAGAUCUUGUUCAUACUGACCCUGAAACAAACACCGUAAACUUAGUGAAGAAUAAACAGAUACAGGAAGUGAUCAGACUACAGGGAUGGAGACCUUACAAUAUCUGUAGUACCUCCUCUGGUGACCUCCUGGUUAUCAUGGUCAGUGAUGAUGAUAAACAAUCAAAAGUUGUCCGUUAUUCUGGUUUCAAGGAGAAACAAACCAUUCAGUUUGAUAGUAAAGGUCAACCUCUGUAUUCCACUGAUAAUCUAAAAUAUAUCAAUGAGAACAGGAACCUGGAUAUCUGUGUGGCUGACUUUGACGCUCGUGCAGUAGUUGUGGUUAAUCAGGCAGGAAAACUCCGAUUUAGAUACACUGGUCAUCCCUCUACUUACAAGCAACCAUUUUAUCCAACCGGCAUCACAACAGACAGCCAGAGUCAGAUCCUGACAGCAGACUUUAUCAACCACUGUAUCCGCAUUCUAGAUCAGGACGGACAGUUCCUCCGUUAUAUAGAUAACUGUUAUCUAGACCGUCCAUGGGGUUUAUGUGUAGACACCAAAGAUAACCUUUUUGUGGCCCAGUUAAGCGGUGGAGUAAAAAAAAUCAAAUACAUGUAAACAAUAGGUUUUAAAUAAUGACAAAUUUGUGAUGGAAUUCUUUAUUCAGGAGCCAAAAUCACAAGAGGAUAUUUAAGAAAUAAGCUAUGCACUGGUGUAAAAAUGCCUUGUUCAAAUAAAGGUAUAUAAAGGAAAACAAUUGCAUAUGUAA